AUGGCUCCUGUAGCCAAUCCGCCACCUCCGCCGCGAUGGGCCGUAGAAAUGAACACCGCAGCACCUCCUCGACCUUCGAAAACAGCCAAUAUCCCCGAUCCACCAGGCUAUUCCGCCAACAAACUCAGCACGAAAUCCCAGCAAUCAGCCUCUACAACCAGCGCCGCAGCUCUCCGAAAAGCCGCCGAAACCGAUGCCCUGAAGCUGAAAAAGGCCUGGGAACUCGCAUUGGCGCCCACAAAGCAACUGCCCAUGAACGCAAUCAUGAUGUACAUGUCCGGCAACAGCUUGCAAAUCUUCAGCAUCAUGAUGGUGUUUAUGCUGUUCAAGGGUCCCAUCCAGGGUUUGCUGAACACGAACAGCGCAUUUGCGAAGUUUGAGGCGGAGAGCACAAAGGGCCAGAUGCUGGGGGUCAAGGUAGUGACGACAAGAUCAGACUGGUUAGCCUGGGAAACAGAGCGCCAGCCGCUGGAGCGAGCGUAUUUUGCUUUUCAAUGA